AACCCUCCUCUACUUCAGGACUACAACAUCUCCCUAAAGAACUACAACCCCCACAGAGAGUAUCACAGAGAAGGUGACCACCAUCACUAUGGAUGUCACAACCCCCUGAUCUCAACCCUCCUCCACUUCAGGACUACAACGUCUCCCUAAAGAACUACAACCCCCUGAGCUCCACAGGACUACAACAUCUCCCUAAAGAACUACAACCCCCACAGAGAGUAUCACAGAGAAGGUGACCACAACCCCCUGAUCCUAACCCUCCUCUACUUCAGGACUACAACAUCUCCCUAAAGAACUACAACCCCCACAGAGAGUAUCACAGAGAAGGUGACCACAACCCCCUGAUCCUAACCCUCCUCUACUUCAGGACUACAACAUCUCCCUAAAGAACUACAACCCCCACAGAGAGUAUCACAGAGAAGGUGACCACAACCCCCUGAUCCUAACCCUCCUCUACUUCAGGACUACAACGUCUCCCUAAAGAACUACAACCCCCUGAGCUCCACAGGACUACAACGUCUCCCUAAAGAACUACAACCCCCAGGGUUCCGAGCAGAGCAGCCAUGAACGCAGAGACCCAGGUUAAGUGUGUGCUGGUGGGGGACAGUGCUGUCGGGAAGACGGCCCUCCUGGUUCGCUUCACCUCAGAGACCUUCCCUGAGUGCUACAAACCAACUGUGUAUGAGAACACUGGAGUAGAGGUGUUCAUGGACGGGACUCCGAUCAACCUGGGUUUGUGGGACACGGCAGGAAAUGACACGUUCAGACAGAUCCGUCCGAUGUCCUAUCAGCAGGCGGAUGUGGUCCUGAUCUGCUACUCCGUGGCCAACGCCGCCUCCCUCGCCAGCGUCAAGCACAAGUGGCUGGUAGAGGUGCGUGACAACCUUCCCCGUGUCCCGGUGCUGGUGGUGGCCACCCAGACGGACCAGCGUGACUCCGGGCCUCACAGCGCCUCCUGCUCCUCCGCCGCCGAGGGCAAACGCCUCGCUCAGGACAUACGGGCCAAGGGAUACCUGGAGUGCUCGUCGCUAAGCAACCGCGGCGUGCAGCAAGUGUUCGAGUGUGCGGUGAGGACGGCGGUGAACCAGGCCAGGAAACGGACGCGCCCGCGGAUGUUUGACAUCAACAGCUGUGUGGUGUUUUGACCUCUGAACCUUUUGGGGGGAGGGGCCUAGGUUGGGGUGGUGCUGGGAGGAUACUGAAGCCUCUAACUACUGCUCUGGGAUCAGGUCUCGGGGCCAGUGGCGACUCAGACUCGGACUCAUCACCAGGGACUUGAGACUGGCGGGUUUAGUGACUCGACUACAUCACUGUGUCUGACUUGAACUGUUUGAGGUCCUGUCUGACCCCAGGACCUGUGGUUUUGGGGGAACUGAGGCCCUGUCUGACCCCGGGACCUGUGGUUUUGGGGGAACUGAGAUCCUGUCUGACCCCGGGACCUGUGGUUUUGGGGGAACUGAGGUCCUGUCUGACCCCAGGACCUGUGGUUUUGGGGGAACUGAGAUCCUGUCUGACCCCAGGACCUGUGGUUUUGGGGGAACUGAGGUCCUGUCUGACCCCAGGACCUGUGGUUUUGGGGGAACUGAGGUCCUGUCUGACCCCAGGACCUGUGGUUUUGGGGGAACUCUUGAUUAACUGUUGUUUUUGUUGUGAAAACUGAAACUUUGAAAAACUACAAAGGAACAAACAAAACAGGAUCAUUCCUGGAGGAGCAGAGAGAGUGAUUAGUGAAGCAGUUUAAAUACCCUGAUGGUGGCUCCAAUCACUAACGACCCCCCUCCUGCUAGAGGAACCGCCCCUCCUGCAAGAGGAACCGCCCCUCCUGCAAGAGGAACCGCCCCUCCUGCAAGAGGAACCGCCCCUCCUGCAAGAGGAACCGCCCCUCCUGCAAGAGGAACCGCCCCUGUCGUGACAUCAUCCCUGACAAGUAGUUUUAUGUGUUUGAAUUCUUAUUUCAGUUCACAAUACAAG